UAGUCGAGUCGUGACGUAUACGUUAGUGGAGGUGUUUUCGGUUCUGAAAAUAGUUGUGGGUUUGAUCUUGAUUUUGUAACGUUUGUUGUUAUCGAACAAUCGAUGAGUUCUAAUUUUUAUCGACAAAACUACUCGAUAAUUGCGAAUAAUUAAGUAUAAUAUCUAACGAGCGAUUACUUGAAUCGAAUGAAGAUGAUAACUGAGGACAAAACAAUACAAGAAACUCUCCCUUUCAAGUGUUUACCGGAUACACAGAUAUUUAAGGACCAUGACCAGUUACGACAGAGGCUACAGAAGACACUCUACUAUAGCAAAUUGCCCACAACUGAUUGCCCAUCUCUACCAUUAACUGAAUUCACAGUAGAGUGGUUUUCUUCAAAAGUUCCAGACUGUGGCUUGAAAGUAUUAGACAUGCAUUAUGCAUCAUCUGUAUCAAGGAAAGCUGGUAUAUCUCCGUGUUCUAUGAUGUUGGCUAUGGUAUAUUUGGAACAGCUUCGAAGGAAAAACCCAGAAUAUUUACAAACUGUUUCAUCUUGUGAUUUAUUCUUGGUGUCUAUGAUGAUAGCAUCAAAAUUUCUAUAUGAUGAAGGAGAAAUUGAGGAAGUUUUCAAUAGUGAAUGGGCCAUAUCAUCUAAUAUGGAUUUGAAAGAACUUAAUAAACUUGAAAGGGAGUUCCUUGCUGCUAUUGAUUGGACUGUCUUUAAUAAAUGGUUUUGUAGGAAAUGUAAUGUGUACAAUUGAAAAUUAUAAAAAAUUAUUUUUAGGAUUGCCCAGAAGGAAAUAUCAAAACGUGGAUGGUUGACAUAUACAGAUAUCUCCGUAUUGAGUCGAGGAUCGGUGAUGUUACAGUGUUGGACUAUUAUAAUCGAUAAUGUGGUUCAGAUUAUUGCAGUAUCAAUGAUAGCAUACGUUGCUGCAGCAUUAAUGCUUGUGGGUUCAGUGACCAUGGUUAAUCGUUACAGUCCAAUGAACAGAAUACUGAGAAAUGCAAAAGAAAAUACAAAUUUGGAUAUAGAUUUAUCUGUCGCAAUUCAUAACUCCUCUUCUACUCCUAUGAAAAUUGAUGUUGAAGUAAAUAUGGACAAAAUUGAAACUAUAAUCAUUGGUGAACAAUCUAUAGUGGAUAAUAAUAGCUGGAAGCAAGUAUCUGUAUAUAAGCCACAUCAUAAUGCUUGUAAUCAUAAUUUUCCAUUUGUCAGAACCAUUGCAUAUAAACCUCUCAAUAGGAUUCAUACAUUCCCAUCUCAGAAUAGACAGUUGAAGCAACCUGGCUAAGAUAAUUAAUUUCAUUACCUGUUGGUUAUUGUAUGUUUUCACCAAGUUUCAUACAGGGUGUCUCAUAAGCAUGGAAUCAUAGGAGUUUUAUUUAUUUUUGUUCAUUCUUCUACAGGUAAAUCAGGGUGUUGAGUGAGGAGGGACAAAUUCAUGUUAUUUUAAUAGUUUGAACCCACAGUCAGUACAAAGUUGCCAAAUAGUUUAACAAUACUGUUGUAUGCAAUUGGUGGAAAGUGUGGAGUCAACCUGUUAUACUCUUUGGCAAUUUCAUACCAUCAAAAUAAGUUUCUCUUUAUUUAGCACCAUACUUUAUCUGAAAAAGAAUAAACAAUGAGUAACAUAACUCCUGUAGCUUCAGAUUUAUGGCACAUCCUAUAUAAUAACUGUCAUUAUUUUGAUAUCAUAAUACUUUUUAAAACUAAAAAAA